GCCAAAUAGAGAUACUCAUAUUUACCCCGAGUAGUCAUCUUCAGAGAGAGCACAGCCCAAAAUCAUACGGAGAAACCCUGAACGCCAUUCAUUCUCGGGAUACACCCGUAAAGAGACAGUGCCGUUUGGGCAAUUGGGAAAAAUUGUAUGCCAAUUCUUAGAUUGUGUGAGGGCGGACUAUGGUUGCCGGAGCUGCUUCCGGCAAGAUCAACCAAAGGCGCUUUCUUUUUUGUGCUGAGAAUGGCGCAACCCAAAAUGGCUAUCGUUUGAAGGAUAUUUCAUUUCUGUGUUUAUCAAACAGUAAUGGACCAUGGAAGUGAAGUUGAACCUUCAAAGGCUCCCCCUUCAGCAUCAUCAUCAUCAUUGCCACCAUCGUCGUCAUCAUCAUCAUCAUCGAGUUCUCAUGAUUUCUCCAGAACAGAGCCAGAAACAACAUUGGCAGCUUUUUCAUUUGACAAAGCUCUGAAUGACAUUAAUGAUGCAAAUGGAAACUAUUCCAUUCCGAGAGAAGUUUUCUUUGCAUCUACGAGUUCUGCCUCUAAGGUUUCAGAUGAAUCUGCGUCACAAAACUGGUCUCCAAUGCAAUCGCCUCCAGUUCAGGUCAUGGAAAAUUUAGGAGAAUUUGACGAUUCCGGUAGAAUUUCAAUAUCAAUUUUAACAAGUGAUACCUCCACUCCGGGCUCAUCUUUUUCAUUUGAACCUUGGAGUAAUUGUAAAAAACUGGACACAUCUAUGAGUUCUGCCUCAAAGGCUGCCGAACGUUCCCCAAAUGGACCACCCUCUUCAAUUUUCAGGAGCAAGUCGUCCACACCAACAGACUGGAGCCAUGCUUCGAAUGAAUCAUUGUUCAGUAUCCAAAUUGGAAACCAUAGUUUCUCUGGGGACUUGAUCUUCAGGUCGGGUGAAUUUGAAACAUUUGGAGAACAUGGGAGGUAUGGGCAUAUGCCCGUAGCUCAUAUAGGAGAAGACAACAAAGAUGCCCUAUAUACGGGUGUGCACGUGGUACCUCUUGGAGCGGGUGCGAAUGGUCAUAGUCCUAGCAAUUUUGUUACUCAUCCGAUAACAAAGAAGCCUGAACCAACAAGGUGCGAAUAUUGCUGUACCGGUUGGACAUGGGCUGCUCCUGUAAGCGUCUACACUGCUGAUGUAAAAAGCCCAAGUGUCCAGGCGGCUUCUGCUGCAGAUGGAGCUUCCCCAGUUGCCACUGCUGUAAACAAAGACGGACCUGCUCAAAUUGCCACUGCUGCAAACGACCACAGUCUUGUGGGGGUUGCUGCUAUGAAUUUCCCUGCUUUACUUGCUACUGCUGUGAGUCAGUUACAUGUUCAUGCCUCUCCUUCAAGUGUCCAAUCUGGAGAAGCUGUUUUUGCCAUGGCUCUCGCCCUGUCCAUCGUUGAUAAUGUGGCAAACGAUAGAUGCUUGAAGAAGGCUUCAAUUUUCACUAAGAAUACGAAGUAUAUAUUUGUGUAUUCAUAUGUUUAUUGAUUCAUAUUUACAUGCUCUCCAAAGUGGUGUUUUCUUAUAGCUGUUCACCUUGGCAACUAUUGUGUAAUCAACUUUUCCAAAUAGAUUGUGCCAAUUUGCCUCCCUCCCUCUAGUCUUUAUUAGUCUCUCAGUCCCGAAUAAAAGUUUUCAUUUGCUUUUAUGCCGAAGAGGAGAAAUAAUAUGAACCACACAUUUUUUUUCUCAAAAGUAAAUGAAAACUUCAUUU